GAUAUGGAGCUCGACCUCUCUGAUCCAGAACCAUCAGUGCUAGAGUAUGCUCGUUUCCAUGGCUUGUGCACCUAUUUCUCACAGGAGCAACCUUGCCCCAGUGGCCUUCACAUCCCGUCUAACGACCAUCUGAAUUCAGAUCUCCAACAAUCCGAUUCUGAGAAAGCUUCACUAACCUCUCUCGCUAACCAGGCUAAUAGCCUAACAAAAGAACGACUAACUGUCAGUAGGGAUGUGGCGUUUCUGCUCAAGUUCGUCCACUCUCUGCAAGAGUCGCUUAACGAGGCAGAACUGUAUCCAGACCCCAUUAAACGGAUAUCUCCUUUGAAGCAAGAAGUUCCGAUUCCUCUGUCUGAUCCCGAGCUUGACCUUCAGAACUUUGGGAGCAUGGACCUACCGGAUCUCGGGAACUUAAAGAUACCCUUCGAGAGGGCUAGCACUAAAAAGGACGAAGGACUUGAAUGGCCAGCGAAUUAUUACGACUACCCCAUAAAAUAUCUCAAGCAAGUUAAGUUUGAGAAGCUUACUCUUUCGAAGCAAGACCUUAUUUUUCUUCAUACUACGGUUCAAGACACUUACACAUGCCGAGACUCCGAAAAGAUAGAAGCCGAGAGUAUAAAGUAUACACGAAAUCCGGCCUUGCAACCAUUGACGCCACCACUACUACCGAUAUCCCCUCAAAUAACACCAUAUGUUCCGUCUUCUCCAGCGAAUCAUCUAGAACUACUCUCCGAGAGUUCUAAUUCGGGUGCUGCCGAACUGGAAGCUCUUGAUGAGCAUAUCGUUAGAGAAGACGCGCUAGUCCCACCGUCGGGCUCUGGAAGAUCAGAAGGUAGUGAUCAGAUGUUACUCGAAUUUAUCCAGGAGCUGGAUUCAGAUUCGCUCCAAGGAGCUCCCGAACCGGAGCCCUCGCCGAUCUUGAAGCGCAAGAUACAAGAUCUAAAAGUUGAAGGCCCACUAACGCCUCCGAUAUUCCACGAUUCCCAAGCAAAGAAAAUUAAAUCAGUGUCAUUUCCUGAGAUGCUUCACGAGUAUAUUCCUGAUCUUUCUAAUUUUGAAUCAGGCGACGACAUACUCAACUCGCAAGAAAGUUUCAGCGACUUUUACAAGGAGAUUGUACCUGUGGUUGAAGAAGUAAACAAGAAUAUUGAAAACGAGAAGCUUUCUGAGGUCGACACUACCAGGCGAGUCGACGUCCCAGAUCUCGACUUCUCACUUCCAACUUUGCCGUGGGAAAAGUAUGGACACAAAAAGCGUGGCAAGCAUCCGGUGGGUGAGACUGAAUUAGAUGCCCAGACAAAGUUCAUUCUUCAAGUCAAGCGGAAUGACCUGAGAUUAGUGUCCUCCUGGCAUGGGCUCGCCAAACUGGAGAGGGAUCUGCACUGGAGCCCGUUCCCGACCCAACUCGGCGUUAUCACGAUCAACGAGAAGCUUCAAGAUGAUGGGAUACUAGGGGAGCUUCUCGCAGAGCUGAGCACUAGCGACAUUGCUACUAGUUCAACCGACAUAUGGAAGAGAGAUCAGUUACGCUUCUUUGAUGACGAAGAGGAUCGUGAGGACGAACUAGAAGUAGUAGAGCUUCAAGAGGGAGAAGGCGUGGAAUCGUUCAUCAGGAAGAAGAGACUCGAGAUCGAAGAUGAUGAUAUCAAUAAUCCGCCUGGAGGUCGGGAGACGAAGGGUACCACUCUUGGUACCCUUAUUCGCAAUGUACCGCACAAAGAGUUUGAGGAUCAGUGCCAUAGGGACGACUUCUCGGCAGUUCAACGUGGACUGCUGCCACCUCCAGGGCAUCAACAAGCACCGAUGGAACUGGAUGGCGGCCUCAUGUUUGGGGGAAUGUUCUCUGCCUCCGUGGCGCUACACAAGUUUAUGAAGCUUCACGGCAGGACUGCAAGGACCGGUGUAGGCGACGAAUCCAUUGCAGUUGAAAUCAAUAUCCCGGUUCAGCGUUCCGGUGAUCGUCCUACAAGCCUGUCUCAUGAAGGUCUCCAGGGCGUGGUGCUUACAACAGCUUCACGGGAGGUUCAAGAUAGCUGUAGUCCGCCGAGACCGACCGCAUUAAUGCUUCCUCCAACCCCUACCAACCUGCAGCCAUGCUCAUUCAUCAUCUCGUCGACGCUGCUGCAACAGAGGACCCUUACAAGGCAAGUGGAGAAAAUAUACAAAGAUGCAGAGCUCAUGGAGCGCGAUUUCAGCCUCCUACAUUCGCCCUCUCAAGAAGCCGACUUACUAUUGUCACCAUCGACCGGCUUGAUUCUCACUUCUCUGCAGCAGAUAAAGCAACGAGCACUCCCAGGACAACCGGAUCGUUCCCCGAUCAAAGAGCGUAUCUCAAAGCUGCAAUUACGGUAUGAAAGACUGAUCGUUCUCGUCAGCGAGGGAGUCAGCCAAGAGGUGGAAGAAGCUGGGUCGAGACGUUUGGCGGAUGCUCGCGACCCGGAAGCAUUAAAGGAGCUGGAGGUCUUCUCUUCCAAGAUGGAGGCUGACGUGAUGACGAAGUACAUUGAAGGUGGAGAACUUGCCCUAUCAAGAGCUAUCGUGGGAGAGAUGGCAGGGUGGGGUCUACCACAUGGAUCUGAGGAUAUCGGGGAUGUGAAGUUGUUGCAAGAAGAAACACUGUGGGAGCUCUUCCUCCGUCGCGCCGGUUUCAAUCCCUUCGCGGCCCAAGUCAUUCUGGCGUCUCUGAAAACGCCUUAUGAUCUUCAACUUCGGACGAGCUCGCCCCCUGCGUUUGCGUCGCCUUCUAAAUCGCUCAGAAUCUUUGGUCUCCCAGCUUUUAUCCUCAUGUCAGCGGAAGAGCGCGUCGAGCACUUUCAGGUUCUACUUGGAGGAGGUAGGAUUUUGAAUCGAGUUAGCACUGUCCUAGAUCAGUCAUGGCCGAGUGCAGUCAAUGGAUUUGCUGUGUGAGAUGCAAGGUUUAUGGUGUUGUCAUUGUCAUUGUUGGCCGCUGUGUGGAUGUGGAUGGAGGGACCACAUGAUCUGAGG